UUUUGACCCCGUGACGGAUUCCAACCAAUCAGAUUCGCGAUUUUAAAAAGAGGAGGAUGACCGCAUAGGUAACCAUGGAAACGUUCCAGGCGUAGAUGAAGAUGGCGGAGCUGAGCGAGCAUCACCGCGCGGAGGUCCUCAGUUAUAUGAGAUUCGCCCAGAACAAGCGGCUGCUCCGGCUGAAGAGCGUGGCCUCCUGCUUCCAGGACGUGCGGGAGAGCCGGCUGGUGGAGGACACGUACACGGCGGAGGAGGUGGCGGAGCUGCUGGGCGGCCUGCAGGCGGUGGUGCAGAGUGAGCUGGAGCUCGAGCUCAUUAACUCUGCCCACACCAAUGUCCUGCUGCUGCAGCAGCUCUUCUCCCAGGCCCAGCACUGGCACCUCCGGCUGCACACCGACAUCUCCGAGCUGGAGAACCGACAACUCCUGGAGCAGGUGGCCGAGCUGGAGAAGAGCCAGGAGCCGGGGCCCUCAGCCAAGGGCCCCCAGACCAACAAGCCCAGGCUGGCCCCGCUGAGUGACGGCGGCUCCUCCUCCGACCUCCUCCACGGUCAGAUCGCCCGACUCCAGGAGGAGAACGACAAGUUACGAGCCCGGCUGCGAACCCUGGAGACCCAGGUGACCACCGCCCUGGACGACAAACGCAGCGCCGAGCAGACCCUGAGGGAGGUGAAGAGCCAGCUCCAGGCCCGACAGACCUCCCAGGCCUCCCACGAGGCCACACACCUGGAGGACACCGUCACCAGCCUCAAGAUGGAGUUCCAGAAGACCCUGGGAGACCACACGGCCAGCCACAAGAACCUGGAGGAGAACCUGACCAAGACCAAGCACGAGCUCCUGCGGGUCAACGAGCAGCUGGCCAUGGCCGAGAAGGAGCUGGAAAAGAAAUUCCAGGAGACCGGUGCCUACCGCAACAUGAAGGACAUCCUGACCAAGAAGAACGAGCAGAUAAAGGACCUGCGCAGGAGACUGGUGAAGUACGAGCCAGAGGAUUGAACACCGGUCCUGUUAUCCUUCAGCAAAACCCUUCCUGAACAUUGAUAAACCCAAAGAUUUGGCAGAACCCAUAGCAUUUGAGGGAUAAAUAUACGGAUUGUCAGAAUAAAUUACAUUAGUUUAGAAUCUUUCCUGUACUUGGAUCAUUGAGACUUCUAUUAAUCUUCUCGGUUCAUGUCUGAGAACAUCCAGGUCUCCUAGGUAUGAAGCUAGUUAGGGGAGGUGGAGCCACUCUCAAGCUGGAAGACCUCAUGGCCAACUUUAAGAACCAGACAAGAACUCUUCAUAGCCAACCGAAAGAACCAGAUUAGAACUCUUUAUGGCCAAACCGAAAGAACCAGAUUAGAACUCUUUAUGGCCAAACCGGAAGAACCAGACUAGAACCCUUCAUGGCCAAACUGGAAGAACAAGGCUAGAACUCUUUGUAGCCAACCGGAUGAACAAGACUAGAACUCUUUGUGGCCAACUGGAAGAACAAGACUACAAACCUAGAACUCAUGGCCAAUCGGAAGAACCAGACUAGAACCGUUCAUGGCCAACUGGAAGACCCUGACCAGGGCCAGAUGAGAAAGCUUCUUCCUAGUCCAUGGUUAUAAAGUAGUUAGUGCUGGGCGGUAUGACCAAAAAUGUUUCACUCAUCUCCCCCUAACCACCACCACCACCCCCCCUGAAUUAACUAUCAGUUGCAGCUCUGUCCCCACAUCGGGGGAAUAAUCAUGUUACCCGCAGGCGCUGCUCUCCUUCUCCUCCUGUGAGCUGCGGCGCUGGAAAUGAAUGAGUUGUGAGCUGCGGGUGCAGGAUGGAGAACGGAAGCUGUC